AUGGACCCUCUAUCGGUAGCAGGCUCGAUCGCGGGUCUCAUCUCCUUGAGUGACGCAAUCUUUCGCAAGCUCUACCACUACGUCAAGGAUGUGAAAAGUGCAGAGAAAGAGGUGCAAGACCUUAAGAACGAAAUCGCUGCACUCAAUGGCGUACUCCACAACGUCCAUCUGAUUGCUCAGGAUCUGGAAACGAGCAGCCUACAAGACAUCUCGAUCCGUCCGGAUCAUAUCAACUCCUGUCUCGCGACCCUCUACCGGUUGGACGAGAAAAUGAACAAAGCUGCUAUCUUCGACAAAGGCAAGAUACGUGCCACUAUCCACAAGCUCAGCUGGCCAUUCAAAUCUGUGAACGCAAAGAAGUUUAUCGAGGAUAUUCGCAGUCACCGAAAUCACCUCAACUUCGCUCUAUCUGCGGAUACUAUGGCAGCUUUGCUUCAGUGUCUUUCGAAACAAGAUCAGCUGCUCUCGAAUGUUGCUAGCCUUGAGACAAGACUGCGAGACCAACAGAACAUUGACACCAAGAUCGUCGUCAAUGCGGAACGCCAGAAGAUCCUGGAUAGUUUCCUUUCUGUCAAUCCUGAAGAUUCAUUCCGUACUAACACGCGGAUCAGACACGCCACCACCGGGUUUUGGCUUACUGGAACUGAUGAAUUUACCAAAUGGAUGCAAGGAUCAAAUUUGCAUCUUUGGCUAAGCGGCAUCCCCGGCGCCGGUAAGACGAUUCUCUCGAGCUUGAUCAUCCAACAAUGCUUGAAGCAAGCUACAGAUGAUAGAGCAGUAGCGUUCUUUUACUGCGAUUAUAAGAAUACCAUGAGUCAAGACGUGGUUCAGAUCCUGAGUAGCCUUGCAUCGCAACUCGCACGGCAACAUGAAAGCUGCUUCCAGCUACUCAAAGACUACGACAAUAAACUGCGACCACAGCAUCAGCUGCGAAGAAGUCCCGAAGUCGAUGAGCUCACCGAUUUGCUCCGAAAAAUGUCGGAUCACUUUGAAGAUGUACGUCUGAUAGUGGAUGGGCUUGACGAGUGCAACGAGCAGGCUGGUGCGGUAGCGAGUACACUGAGGUCGCUAGGAGAUGGUCACGCCGUCAUUUCUAUGUGUUUUCUGAGCAGAGACGAGCUUGAUAUCCGUACGGAACUCGAAGCACCCAUGUUCGAACACAUUGAGAUUGCUGCGCACACAGAAGACGUAGAACACUAUGUUCGUAGCGAGAUAGAAGAAAGGCUCAAAAAGAAGAAACUUCGGCUGAAAAGUAGGGAACUGAAAGACGAAAUUGUACAUCAGCUCGUGACACGAGCACAGGGCAUGUUCCGUUGGGUGUCUUGCCAGCUCGACCACCUCUGCGAACUGCCAACAGAUGCGCUUCGUCGUAAAGCCUUAACGUGUUUACCAUCAACUCUGAACGAAACGUAUGCAAGAGUACUGAUGCGUGUGGAGAAGUCCGCCAGACCGCUGGUACGGAGGACCUUACAAUGGAUCGCCUACGCUGAACGUCCCGCGCUCUCCGACGAGCAGUUGUUGGAGAUCGUCGCUAUAGACGAGGACGACGAGGAUUUGGAUCCUGAGGCGUGCCCUGAUCUAGAAGACCUUCUUCGAUAUUGUGGAAGCUUAGUUCGCAGAACUAGCGGUAGCAUUUACGAUUACACGAACAAUUCUUGGUGUGCUAGUACUAUACUUGAGUUGGCUCAUUUUACCGUCCAAGAAUUUCUGGAGGCCAUCAUCCCUAACGAUACGGAACUGAACGAGUUCCGCCUGAGCUCGAUUGACAAGCUCACUUUGGCUAAGACCUGUCUGAAUUACCUAUGUCUUCCAUCAUUCAAUAGGCCGCCUGUUGACUUUGAGAAAGACUAUGAGGACCAUCCAUUCUACGAACAUGUAUCACGACACCUGAUCAUUUACGUCCACAGAUUUGCCCACGAGGAGGAUCUGCAAAAGCGCCUCCAAAGGCUGUUUCGUCCGCCGAAGUCCCACAGUCUCACCCGGUUCGUCCUACACAAUAUUCAGAAUCCGGGAAUUGAACUUCGGAAAGAGGGGAGGUUCAACAAAGUCUGUUCUUACGAGUUUGGAAGCAUACAUGUUGCGGCUAUGUUACGUCUUGGAACAGUAUGUCAGUGGCUAAUCGACGAAGGAUGCGAUGCAAAUCAAAAAUCCAUGCUUGGCACUCCAUUGGAAUUGGCGAUCUUUGACACAAGUUUCGAAAGGAAGAUAUAUCGAGACUUUCACAACCCACCUCCGCCACUUCGCCUUCAGCUAGGGCUCUCUGACGACGAUGGUCAAGGUAUCCUGUCGGUAUUAUUGAAAAACGGUGCCAUCUGGAACACAGAGGGCGUGGAUACUAAGGCUUUGUAUCCAGCAGUAUCUUCUGUUACAAUGGAAGAAGACCUGGUCGAGAUGCUUCGUCAUGGUAUGCCUCUAUUAACGGAAACCAUUGAGCGACUUGAGAAGGUUCCGGACAGCAGGCUCAUAAAGAAGUUUUCCGAUGUUAUUCAUGAUGCUGAGAAUGCGAAGAUCCCUUUGGAAGUCAAGCUGCGGGUACUUGAUCUUGCUCGAACAAGGCAUAUUGAAUUAGAGGCCAGCGGCUUGCCUGUCGAUACGACAAGAAGUGCAAUGAAAAUGUUGAGCGACAAGGCUUACGCUGAAGCUAUCGUUUAUACUGCUAAGUAUGGCCCAGUGUCAAAUCUCGUUCAUCUCACAACGGACGAGCGAUUCACUGUCGACAUGAAGGGACUAUGUCACUCGGCAACAUUACUUCACAUAGCGGCAGAACACAACUCUACACAGUGUAUGGAGCUACUGUUAGACAAGCAUUUCGAUGCUGCUCAUCUGGACAAACAUGGACGGUCGGUCUUGCAUUGCGCUAUCGAUUCUGGCGUACAAGAAGUAGCUCUACUACGUCGGCUAGUUCAAAGUAAUGCUACCGAGAUUGUAGAUUGCGAUGGAAGAAGCGUUUGGCAUGUCACAGCUAAGGAGGGGCGCUUGGACGUUCUUGAUAUCCUCAUUACGGAACUUGGAUCGAAUCAUCCUUUCCUCUGCAUGCAGAGCAAACUAGGGAGAACCCCACUCUUGGAGGCAGUCUUGUAUCGACAACGUCAUAUCGCAUCCCGGAUUCUAAGGUCACUUCCGGCGGAAAAAACCUUUGCGGUGGAUCCGCAAGUUGUUCAUUCCGCUGUAGCGACUGGUCUUGAAGACAUCUUUCGAGAACUUGUGGAAAUGGGUGCGAGCCUAGACAUCAGAUCUGACCAGAAUCAAAGUGCUCUGUAUUUUAUUACCCAGGAAACGACCCCUGGCAUACUGAGAACACUAUUAGACCAUGGCCUCGAGGUAGAUCGUCUUGACAGCUACGGAAGAUCACCCUUCCUCGACUUCCUAGAAGUUGAUCAGCACUCGCAGAGACUGGAAGCGCUGGGAUACUCCAAAUCUGACUCCACAAGUCUUGAUCUUUCAGUCAUGGAGCUACUUAUCACGCCCUUUUGUGCUAUGACUCAGGAUAAGACAGGUAACCUUGCUUGGUUCUAUUUCUGUACCAAGACGAUACCACAUUGUCUUCUUCGCCAAGCACUGUCUACCGAGCUUGGUACCCUCAUAGGUUUGCUCGAUGUUCUGAUAGAGCGAGGUGUAUUGAAAGUUUACGAAGAGGCCACCACCAACUCCGGCAUCGCCCUUUCGAUAAAGGCGUGCCUAGACACUGUUUCGAAGACCAACAUAGAGGACCAAGAGACCAUAUUGCCCUUUGUCAAGGCCGUCCUAGGGCACGUCCCUAAGACUACCACAGUCAAGAGUCUCUUCGCCACUCAUCCAGAAGCAGUACGAUUAUUAAUCUGGUCCAUGACUCAAUCCGACAACGACGCAUUGAAGCAGCUACUUGGCCUGGGAAUAGAUGUCCACGCUACAUGUGAAGACUACGGUGGAAACUCGGCUAUUGAUAUCGCCAUAGAGGGCACCAUCAAGGAGAAAACUUUCGAUAUGAUCCUCACUCAUGCAGACCCUGUUCGAAUCCCUAAGCUCCAUGCAGACGGCUCGUUGAGGCAUUUUGUUCUUUGCGUUUCGCCAAAGCUCAUUCAAGAGCCGGUCAAAGAAAUGGAAUUGCCGACCGCCACGAACAUUUCGAAGUUGAAAGCGAUUCUAAAAAGAGGCGUUGAUCCCAACGUCAAGGACUCUCAUUGCAGGACCACAGCUCACUCAGCAGCUCAGAGAGGCGACUUAGAAUGCAUCAAAGUUCUUGUGGCCUACCAUGCAGACUUAACAAUCACGUCUGAUUUCGGUUGGACUGCGAUACACGAGGCUGUGGCAAAUGGAAACAUCUUUAUAACAAAAUACGUACGGCAACUCUUACAGGAUCAAGACAAGUGGGAGCGUUGUGUAGCCUUUAGUGUCCCGCUCUCUGCACUUAAUGACGCCCCUCUCGGUCCACUCCCUCAAGUAACGUACCAUCAUGGUACUCUAGCGCAUCUGGCGGUCUACAAUCACAGCUCAGAAAUGCUUCAGUUCUUGCAAGACAACGAUCUAGUGGACAACAUCAAUGCAACAACACAGGAGGGCGCCACUCCACUUCACUUUGCCGUAUGCAUAAGUCAUCCUCAAACGACCAGAUGGCUGUUGAACAAUGGCGCAGAUGUCAACGCAAAGUGUGGCAUACAUAAUACCUCCGCGCUACACGUUGCGUUCAGGCUGGGCUGCCUUGACAACGCGAUCGCGCUGGUCGAAGCUGGAGCGGACUUUUCUGCCGAUUCAGCAGGAAUCACACCCGAGAUGCAAGUAGACCCGACCAUCUGUGCAGAUUUGCUCGAGCUUCUUCCCAAUAUCGGGGUUCCAAUUCCUCCUACAGUGAUGGAAGGUAUUCGGCGUAGGCACCAACUCAAGUCAUCUGGGAACCUGUUUAGGGCGAUAGUGAAUGGAGAUUUUGAUGCCUGCAGGUCAAUCAUCGCAGCUGCACCAUGCUUUCCCAAAAGGGUCAAAAAAGGCACUCGAUACACGCCGCUCAUCGUUGCACUAGUUCACAAUCAACUAGACAUUGCGAAGUUGUUCCUUGAUCAUGGCGCCUCUACAAAUGGUGUUUCACGUGAGGAGGUCGAUCGUAUGAGUUUCGAGGCCUCAGCUCUUGAAAUAGCCGUUAAAAAGCCGAUGUUUAACUCUCUACUUGAGCAGCUUCUCGAGCAGUGCCUAUCGCAUGAAACACAUUGGAGUCAGAGGUUCGGUUACUGGCGACCGUUUCAUAUCGCGGCCGCCUAUAACCCUGGGGCAAUCGAGAUACUUGCCAGUCACGUUCUCGCGCAUGUAGCGCUGUUUAGAGGGAGUUUACACUCAACCUUUAGCACGUUCGACAUAAGCCCUUCUUCGACCUUGAAAGCAGGUCUUGAAAGAUAUGCAACAGAUAUAGAUGCCGUUUCGUUGACAGGAUUGGAAUCAGGUUUCACCACGCUCCAUGUGGCUAUUACGAGCGGAAAUUCGGAGGCCGUAGAUGUCCUCCUCAAAUACGGCGUUGAUGCGGGUGUGAAAGACGAAAACGGGUUCUCCCCACUUCACUAUGCUGCGGCCGCUGAUAACAGCAUUCUCGUCGAAAAGCUGCUAAAAGCUGGAGCGAGACUCGACGCUAUCGACUUCUUCCAAAAGACCCCACUUAUAUCUGCUGCAAGGCGCGGAGCAGUGCAGGCAGCCUCGACGUUAGUUGAACAUGGAGCGGACCUAGUGACUACAGACCUGGCUGGCCAAACUGCAUUACAUCAUGCUGCUCGAAAACAAAAACUUGGGAUGUUCAUGUUCUUGCUCGACGCCGGAUCCGACGCUUACCAGCUUGACGACAAAAGGCAUUCUCCAGUAUAUUAUGCAUUGUCACAGGCACAGCUCGCCACAUAUGUUUACGCACGCUGUUUGAGUCUGGCCCAUAUUUUUUGCGCGGAUAUAGCCCCCAAAUUAGGGCCGGGGAUCCAUGCUCUGCGCUCGUUCCUUUGCUAUUGUUCCGAGACCACCAGGCGUUCGUAUCUAACAAUGGCAACGGAGGAUGGCGAUACAGUGUUCAUUGACCAUGCAAUUUACGAUGGCCCAGAUUAUAUCCAGGUUUGUAUCAAAGCUGGUGCGCAACUUGAAGCAACACGCAACAACGGUGAUACAGCGCUUCUCGCCGCGUGUCGUGCUGGACGGAUACCCUCAGUCGCAUAUCUUGUUCGACACGGAGCGAAGCUAGAGUACGGGUAUCAAGGUCGAGCAUUUAAUGCAUAUAUAGCAGCAAGUAGGCACCCGGAGAUCGUCAGAUGGCUGUUGGUAGAACGUUGGACUGAGCAAGGCAAACUUGGUAGUGAGCCUGCCAACAGUGGAGAAGAGGCACAGUGCCAACCUUGGACUGGGGUACGUACCGUCAAGAUACCUUUGCGUGGAGAUUACGAGCGGCCAGAGGGAUUAUCACUAUUGGAUCACGUGAAAUAUCUACAUGGUGUUGCAAAGGGAGGAUGGAGGAUAUUGGUGCCAUUAGGCUGGGAUACGAUUGCAAACCUCGUGCAGUUGCCUGGAGAGGUGUGA